AUGCCCGUCUCCUACACUUUCAUGAAUUUGGCGCACAUGUCCAGUACGAGUCGAACGAGGCGGAUGAAAAUGGCUACAUUGUUUCUUGUUCUUGGAAUCGCACACUUUGUUUCGUCUCAGUUGCCAGCAGCGGCAUGGAACUACAAUCCGUAUCAUUAUUUGUAUUCCGUUACUCAUCCUCAAGACAUUGGGCAAACUCGUCUAGAUACUUCAGAACGUUUGGAACAAACGACGCUAGCUCUUCAGGCUAUGCAGAAGGAGAUGGCUGUUUUGUCAGACACUUCGCAACAUUUGGCGAAAACAAUGGUCACCGUUUGGAUCUUGACGACUUCCAAAUUAGACGAAGCUGCGCGACGUUCAGCAGAAAUUUCGCAGCAGUUGGCCGAAACGAAUGACACCACAUUGAGUUUAAAGAAAGCGUUGAACGAAACAAAGAAAGAUCUUGAUGCAAUGAAGACCAAGGUAGAAGAUUUGACCACAGAAUUGAAAGCGAGUUCCGGCUCGGCAUCGAUCGGUAAAAUGCCAAAUUCUUGCUCCGACUUGCAGUUGAUUGGACAUAAGAUAAGUGGACUCUACUCUGUAAUGGGCAAUCAAAGUGUGGAAAAUGUUUACUGCGAUUUCACGAAGGAGUCAAAAGAUGAAGAUUUCCAGAAAUUCAUUGGAUAUUCUGACGUGAAAUCGGUACCUUCCUAUUUUUACGUCCAGAGGAACGCUUCCUACUCUGCUGCCAACGUUCCCAUUCCUUUUGAAAUAGCAAGAGUUAACACCGGAGAAGCCAUGAAUGUAACAACAGGGAUAUUCACGACACCCCGGUCAGGAUUGUAUUAUUUUUCCUUCGUCGGGUUGGCCGUUCUUCCAUCGUCUCCGGACUUUGUUUAUUUAGAAGUGGGUCUUUACGUGAAUGGCGAUAGAAUGGGGACAGGUUACGCUUCAAAGCCUAGCGAGAACGACUAUAAAUUGAGUCAGAUCGCAUUGCAAAUGACGUUGCAUUUACAAAAGGAAGACAAAGUUUGGCUGCAAAUUACAGGCCUGUCGGGUGGAGUGUCUUUACGUGAUGCUAACGGUGAGCAUUACACUCACUUUAGCGGAUUACUUUUGCAGGAAGACUUUGAAAUUGCGUUAAUCUUUACGCUGGAUCUUGUCGUUUUCAGCCAGUUAACGACCGGCUGGAACUAUAACCCGAGCUUUUUCUUUCCAUACGCUGUUCAUCAUCCGUUACCUGCACAGGUAACAGGCCAACUUGAAUCCCCUUCAUAUCAGGGGGACGCUGUGAAUCGUGUUCCAUGUCUCAGAGAAUUCAAAUACACGUCGCAGCGUUUGGAUGAAACUGCGGUAGACAUUCAAACUCUUAAAAAAGAAUUGGAAAAGUUGUCGGCUACGUCCCAGAAUUUAGCCAAAACAAUGGUCACCAUUUGGAUUUUGUCGACAACAAAUUUAGAAGAAAGUUUGAAGCGCACAUCCGAAAGUUUAAAGCAAGUGGCAGAAACGAACAGCGUCGUUGCGAAUCUCAAAACGGAUUUGAGUGAAAGCGUCAAAGAUGUUGCUGCGAUGAAGACGAAAAUUGCUGAUUUAACAACAGAAUUAAAAGCCAGCACGAGUGCCACGUCCAUCGGAAGGAUGCCCACUUCUUGCCAAGAUUUGCAACAGACUGGGCACGUGAAAAGCGGAAUCAAUUUCAUUUUAGGCAAUAAAAGCAUUGAUACAGUUUAUUGUGAUUUCACCAAACUUCCCAACGAAGCAGGUUUCCAGAAAUUGAUUGGAUCCAGUGACGUGAAAUCUGUACCGACCUACUUCUCCGUACAGAAGAACCAUUCAUUCUCCGCUGUUGGUGUCCCGAUCCACUUUGAAAUUUCAAAAGUGAACACUGGAGAAGCUAUGGAAAUAUCAUCUGGAAUAUUCACCAUCCCGCGAUCUGGAACGUAUUACUUUUCGUUCAUCGGUUUGGCUGAAUUCCCAUCGUCUCCGGAUUUCGUUUACAUGGAAUUGGGUCUCUUUUUAAACGGUGACGUUGUGGGGACAGGUUACGCUUCAAACUCUAGGAAUGCAGACUUUCAAUUCAGUCAGAUCGCGUUCCAAAUGACGUUGAAUUUGCGAAACGGUGACAGAGUUUGGCUGCAAAUUACGGACGUGUCGGAUGGCGUAGCUCUGCGAGAUGCCAAUAAUCAGCACUACACCCACUUUAGCGGAUUUCUUUUACAGGAAGACUUUGCUUAAUUUUGCUUGAGACAAUGUACUCGUGAA